GGCGGCUCUGGGCACCGGGCUCCCCCUCGGCUCUCCCGCGGGGCUGGGGGACUACGGGCCUCCCGGGGUGCCGGCGCUGGAGCCCGGGGAGAUGAGGAGGGAGGCUGGAGGAGACCCGCCGGGAGCUGGAGAAACCGGAGGAAGAUUCUCGUCAGGAAUCUGCCGGCCGACUGCUGCAGCCAGGAUAUCCAAGAUCUAUUAAAAGACUACGAGAUCAAAUAUUGCUACGUGGAUAAAAAUAAAAAGACAGCCUUCAUCACUCUGUCAAACGGAGAGCAAGCACAAGAUGCUAUUAACAGAUUCCACAAACACCACCUCCGGGACAAGGAGAUUCAGGUCCAGCUGCAGCCGACGGACGCUUUGUUGUGCGUGACCAACCUUCCUCCUUUAUUUAGCAAGCAGGAGUUCGAAGAACUGGUACGGGCGUAUGGGAACAUCGAACGAUGUCUCCUUGUCUACAGCGAGCUCACUGGACUGUCCAAGGGCUAUGGCUUUGUAGAGUACAUGAAGAAAGAUUGUGCCUCAAAGGCCCGCCUGGAAUUGCUGGGCAAGCAGCUGGAAGAAUUUACCCUUUUUGCCCAGUGGGUGGACGUCAAUCAGCUGACAGCGGAUUUUAUUCACUCAAAGUGCCUGUGUGUUGACAAGCUUCCCAAGGACUACAGCAAUAGUGAUGAGCUGAAGCAAAUAUUUUCCUCUCUUCACAAGCCCUUGUUCUGCCAGCUGGCAGAGGAUGAAGAUGGUUAUUCUGGUGGUUUUGCGGUGGUCGAAUAUGAAUCUGCAAGGCAGGCAGAAGAGAUGAAAGACUGCAUGGAUGGAAUUAGUGUGAAAGGAAGCAGAAUCCAGGUGUCUUACUGUGCGCCAGGUUCCCCGGGCCGGAGCAUGCUAGCCACCCUCAUGGCAGCGCAGGGCAUGAACAAUAGGAAAGGGUUGCUCCCAGAGCCCAACCCAAUGCAAAUCAUGCAGAGCUUCAAUAAUCCGGCAAUGCUACAGAUGCUGUUUCAGCCACCGCACCGUGGAAGGUCAGGAAAGCACGGGUCUUCUGGACGGCCGCACUUUAAUGCAACAGUCAACCAAGCUUUGUUACAGCUCCACAAACUCAAUCAGAAACCAGGUGUCGCAGGUAACCUCCUUCUUCAGAACUACUCCCAUUUACAGAUGGCUCAACAGCAGCUGCUCCAGCUGAAAAGUGCACAGUCUAAUAACAGUGUAAGUACAUGCAUGUGCAUGCUCACGUGUGUCUUCCUUCCUGUCUGUAAUGAUAUGAAUUAUCACCUGUUCUCAUUGGUGCUAGAAAACCCGGCCUGCUGGGAGAAGCUCCGGUCUCCAUCUUACAGUCCACCAUGGGGACGGCGCAGACGGGAUCAGUGGAGGCCCCACAAAAAAACUUGUUGCCGUAUCUUCAGAAUCAGCACUUGAGCACUUCACUAUCCCAGCUAGCCCAAGAUAAGCAGUCUGCACUGGCACUGAGCGAGGGAUCUCUUCUAAGUGGACAAUCACAGGCUGUUAUCACAGAUACUUUGCACACGAACAAGACGAGUAACCAGACAUCGCUGUUGGGAGAGCCACCAAAGGACAUUCGACUCAGCACUAACCCUUACUUGAAUCUGGCAAGCGUGUUGCCUGGAAUGGCUGCUCGUGGUCUCCAGGCUCAUGCAAUGGAUGGCUUAUUAUCUCAGGACUCCACAGUACAGUCAGGAUUAGAGAACUAUUUCGCCUACAGCCAGCAAUACGGGGAUUACUCUCAGGAGGCUAUUCAGCAGUGGUAUGACCAAUAUUCAGGAUACAGCAGUGCCCAGGCAGAUGUUCCUGGGGAUGCCAGUCAGUCUUCCACGUUGGCUUACGGAGAAUAUAAUGCGUAUGUCCAGGCCCCGCCCACAUACUAUACAAAUGCACAAGGCUCGUACCAGGUUGGAUCUGCACUGUCUGUAGACAAGACGAUAAGCACUGAGAAAAGGCCAUACAUUCUCUCCAGCCCAGAGGUCGGCAGCAUCGGAUACACACAGCAAUACACUCCGACAUCUGGGGACAGCUACGCUGACUCUUAUGUUAAGAGGAAAAAGGUUUAUUAA